AUGGAGUUGACAGCACAAUCGACGAUGUCGGCACCGGCAAGUGCACAGGCAACUUUGGCAGCAGCAGGCUUCAAAGUACCGGCCAUGUCCUUGAUACCCAACAAGUGGGUGCCCAUCUCCAUGAUCUUAUCAACGGUCUCCAGCGUCAACACCAACCUUCAACUGCUCCAAGUCGUUCAGAGCAUCGAAAACUCUGAAGAUGUCAACACCAGCUUCCUUGGCCUGCUUAACGAAAUGGUCAAUAGCAUUGUCAGGCAGAGAAGAGUAAGCCACUCCGUUGGCUCCUCUCAGCAGCAUCUGGAAAGGAAUGUUUGGAACGGCUUUUCUAAGCUUUCUCAGUCUAUCCCAUGGGUCCUCGUGCAAGAAACGCAUGGCAACGUCGAAAGUGGCACCUCCCCAACACUCCAAGGCAAAUGCGUACCUCAAGGCAUGAGCGGUGGUUGGGGCGAUGUUCAAAAGGUCUAUGGUUCUGACUCUAGUGGCAAGCAGAGACUGGUGGGCGUCUCUCCAAGUAGUGUCCAUGAUCAUACAACCGUCAAAGGCUCUGAUCUGGUCGGCAAAUCUCUGUGGACCGUAGUCCAGCAAGUAUUGUCUGAAAGAUUCUGGAGGAGUCGACUUGACGUCGAUCUCCCAGCCGUUCACGUCGUGGACGACUGGGAUAUCGGCCUCUCUGUUCAGCUUUGGCAGGCCAAUUUGACCCUUGAUCGAGGAUCCAUUGACACAGAGGUCGGCAAGGUACGACAACAGCUUUUGAGCUCUGUUCUUGGAUUGAACCAUCUCGAACAACGAUGGGGUGUCGUCGAUAAAAGUGGUCCAACAGUCACCAGAAACGAACGUUGGGUGGGUCAACAGAGCAAGCAAGAACGGAAUGUUGGUCUUGACACCUCUAAUUCUGAACUCGACCAAAGAUCUAAUCAUCUUUCUUCUGGCAAUCUCGUAGUUCGAACCAGAAGUGGAACACUUGACCAACAUGGAGUCGUAGUGGGGAGAGAUAAUGGCACCGGCAAAACCGUUACCACCGUCCAAUCUCACACCGUUACCACCAGAAGAUCUGUAAACCUCGAUCUUACCAGUGUCUGGCUGGAAGUUCUUGGCUGGGUCUUCGGUAGUGAUUCUGCACUGGAUUGCAAAACCUCUGGUGGUGAUCUUGUCCUGCAACAGACCAAGUUGUUGCAAAGAAGCACCAGCAGCAAUCUGGAUCUGAGCAGCAACAAUGUCAACACCAGUGACUUCCUCAGUGAUUGUGUGUUCGACCUGGAUUCUUGGGUUGAUCUCAAUGAAAUAGUGUCUGUUCUUUGCAUCAACCAGAAACUCAGCAGUACCUGCGUUUCUAUAGUUGGCAGUCUUUGCCAGCUUAACAGCAUCGGUCAAAAUGGCGUCUCUGACCUCAAUUGGCAGGGUCUUUGCAGGAGCAAUCUCAACCACCUUUUGGUGUCUUCUUUGAACAGAACAGUCUCUUUCGAACAAAUGGAUAACGUUUCCGUAGUUAUCGGCCAGAAGUUGCACCUCAAUGUGCUUUGGUUUGUCCAAGAACCGUUCGAUAAAGCAGGUACCGUUACCAAAGGCGGUCUUUGCCUCAGAGGUUGCUCUGCUGAAAGCGUCCGCAAUGUCCUCACCUUCACGAACGACUCUCAUACCACGACCUCCACCACCAAAGGCGGCCUUGAUGAUGACCGGGUAGCCGUAUUUGUCCACAAAGUCCUGAGCCUGGUCAACAGAGUCGAUUGGGCCAUCUGUUCCGGGAACAACAGGAACAUUGCACUUGCCAGCCAGGUUUCUGGCACUGACCUUGUCUCCGACAGAGUCGAUGACUGUGUGGGGUGGACCCACCCAAAUCAUGCCCGCUUCCUCGACCUUGCGGGCAAAGUCCGAAUUUUCAGAAAGGAAACCGUAGCCGGGGUGGAUCAUGGAGACACCAUGUUCCAAAGCGAUGUUGAUGAUCUCGUCGCUCUGCAAAUAGGCCUGCACUGGUGA